CCCAUCCUAAUCUCUAGAUAUUCUUUUCCAUAUCAGGAGUUGAUUUGAUUAGGCCACCAAAGAAUCCCUUUUUUUUUCUUUCUUGUCUUUUUCUCCUCACCUCUUGCAGUGUACCAAUUUAUGGACCUUGAAAUCUGUGACCUUCUUUGGAUGGAAGGUAUUAUGGGGGCCCCUUCACUUCUCUUCUCUUGUCCUGGUUAAGUUUUUACGUUAAUGAGCUCUGCUCCUUUUGGAGGGUAUUGGAACAAAGCCAAGGAAUUUUCCUGAUUUUUUUCUCUUAUACUUUUCUCUCUCUUUCUGAUUCCCCCCCACUAAAAUAUCAGUUUUAUCUCAUUAUUAGCGCAAAAGAGAAUCUUUUGCUAAAAAGAAAAAGGGCCCUCCUUCAUCUAUUUAUAUUCCAAGGAGUCACCCCGUCAUUGCUCAAAGCCUCUCUCUUUCUCCUCUUGCUCAUAUCUUGAUUUUUUUUUCUUCCAUUUUUAUUUUAGCAGACAUUAAUGGCAGAUUGGCAUGGUCUCACGGGAAAGGGCAGCACUGCAGGUGGUUAUAUCAAGAGAUCAAUGAAAGAUGAAGAUUUUGAAGAAGAAGAUGUAUGGUCAGUUAUGAAGGAUAGAGAAGAUUCAAGUCCCGAGAUGAUGGUCUCCAAGGAUUACUUCUUAUCAUCUCCUUCUUCUUCUUCUUCUUCUGCGUGGCGCCUACCUAGUGCUCCAAGAAUGAUCCCAAGAGCUAAUAUUGCUAAUCAACUAACAGCAGCAGCAACCACCCAUGAAGUGAAGAUAGUUGAACACUCUUCAGCUCCUGUGAACAUCCCUGACUGGUCAAAGAUUUAUGGGAAAAAUACAAGAAUACAUUCAUCUGCUGAUGAUGGAGAACAUCCUGAUAAUGAGUGUUAUCGUGAUGAUGUUAAUGAUAAUGAUGAUGGCGAAGGAGAUGAAAUGGUCCCUCCACAUGAGUGGAUAGCUAGGAAGCUUGCAAGGAGUCAGAUUUCUUCUUCCUCUGUAUAUGAAGGAAUUGGAAGGACACUUAAAGGGAGAGAUCUUAGCAAAGUGAGAAAUGCCAUUUUGGCAAAAACAGGUUUCCUAGAGUAAUCUCUUGUUCACUAUUUCAAAACCAAGUUACUGUCAUCUUGAUGACCCUUUUUGCCAUUGCCUUAUAGUAAGGGUCCCAUGUAAUCUUUUGUUUGUUGGUAUUAGUUCUGUUGCUGAUAAUAUCAUGUGGUACGUACUGUACUAGGUUGAGUAGUGGGCAGAGCUGUCCAUUUUUUGUUAUAUGAGUUGUUCUGCAAGGGAAGAUGUGAGGAAAAUACUUUUUGGCAGCAUCUGAGAUUUUUUUUUCUUGU